AUGUUGUCCGAAAAAGACUACCAGAUUUCGCCGAUUGUGCAAGAGAGCGUGAUGCAUAACUCCAAGUCCCUCCAAAACCUCCAAUCCCUCUCCGCCUCCCUCUUCGGCAUCUCCGCCGGAAUUUUGGGGUUGGAAUCCUACUCAGGCUUCCUCUUCUACAUCUUCUUUUCCUUCCUCACUUCCCUGCUGAUGUACAUCAUCCGGGUCGCGCCGUCCACUUUUCCGAAAGAAUACAAAGACAACAAAGGCACGGACAACGGCUUGGGCAGCGGAGUCGGUGGAGUCAAUAAAUACUUUAGGGGAGGAUUUGAGUUCUGGGCCGGAGGCAUCAUGAAUGGGUUUGCGGGUUUGUGUUGA